GCGCGAUAUCGACGACAUAACCCUCCGCUUGUUGGGGUCCGCCGUUGUUCAGUGUCGUCGCGCGACGUCGCCAUCAUCGUCGGCGUAGUAACGCCUCGCCCGAUCUCGAGGCGAGGAAACCGUUUGACGGCUGAUCGCUUGGUGGUGCGCGUACCUAUGUGUCCGUCCGCGAGUCCGUGAAGGGUUCGUACGCUGGGCUGUUACGCGAUUUCGACUGAAGGGCACUGGUGCGUGCUGGGAGCAUGCGGGUUUCGGGCGAGGCCCGGCGAGGCGGCUCCGCGGGAGGACCGGGCUAAAGGAACGACCGCAUAUCGGAAGGGACACUCGCGAACGCGGGCACGGUGCACCCGCGGCCGUGCCCGCACCCGCACCCCCGCAUCUCGGCGUCGCGCCGGUCACGCGCCGAUUAAGUUGAUCCUGAAGACGUGGAAAGCGAGCUGCGCUCGCUUUCGGACGCAUGGAACAUGAUAGAGAUGUCGAGUGGACUCGGUGCAACUGCAAUGGGAAUGGGCGUUAGUCACGGGACAGGCGGCGAAGGUGUAGCUGGUAGUUGCCGCCUCCGUGCACAGAACCAAGGCCAGGCCUCGGGGUCCACGAUGCAACAUAAUCCGCAACAGCAGCCGCCGCAGCAGCAGCAACAACAGCAGCCGCAGCAGCAGCAGCAACAGGCGCCCGCGCCGCAGCAGCAAGCGCAGCAACAGCAACGUCAGGCGGCCGAAUUCACGGGUCGAUCGAAGAAGGACAACUGUUGCCUAUGCUGGUGCUGUUGCUGCAGUUGCUCUUUGGCGACAGUCGGUGGUAAUUCGACGGGCAAUGUCGGUGUCGGCGGCAACGACAUCGCGGGUGCAGGUGCGGGUAACGGUCUCGACGGCCUCGACGGCGGUUUGGAGCGCUGCAGCUUGGAGGAGGUUCGGACCUGGGGCUCGUCCUUCGAUAGACUGAUGAGGAGUGCCGCUGGCCGCAAGCUCUUCAAAGAGUUUCUCGUGAGCGAGUACAGCGAGGAGAACAUCGCCUUCUGGCUUGCCUGCGAGCAGCUCAAGAGGGAAAACAAUCCCGAGACGAUCGAGGAGAAGGCGCGCUACAUUUAUGACGAUUACAUAUCCAUACUUUCGCCAAAGGAAGUGAGUUUGGACUCGCGAGUGCGGGACAAUGUGAAUAAGGGCAUGUUAAAGCCUACGCCGCAUACCUUCGACGAGGCGCAGCUGCAAAUCUAUACCCUCAUGCACCGGGACUCGUAUCCGCGUUUUGUCAACAGCGAGAUUUACCGGAGGGUAGCCAGAAUGAAUAGCAGCAGCCCGCUCUAGCCUAGCCCGAGCACUGGGCGAGGAGCGACGUAAUCAUGAUCGUGAUGGUCCAGAAACGUCGGGAGCGCGGACCAAGACCUCUAAAAUCAAGCCUCUUCAUCAAAGCCACGAUCGGCCGAACCGUUCGGUAAGGGUUCGUAACACCCUCCUCGUCGGAAAGCAUCCUCAUCGAGGCGAGGAAUCGCCCGAGCGGACGAAUGGCUGACGAAGCUAAUCCCUCGCAAGAGGGUAUCUCCAUCCUUACGGGUGGACGACGAGCUUUCUGGUCGCGUCAGAUUGCUCACACGGAAGCCGGGAGCUUGUUCAGUGAUUCGCUCUUCCACACGAAGGCGCAACGGGGCCAUGUAAUCGCGCUCGCCAUUGCAUACGAGCCAUUACGACACCGAUGAUGAUGAUGAUGAUAAUGAUAAUGAUGAUGAUGGACUGAACGUACGACGAGAUCGCGAUCGCGGUUGAUCGCGUAAAUCACAAAUCGCAACGUUCCACUUUCAGGAAUUCGAUACAGAGCGCAUGCACGCGGGACUGUGGAUCGUAGCAGGAGAAAGGGUCACGCGAUCGCACGGGGAUGACGGGCACCAACGCGAACACCAUCGAUCCUCCCGUGUCCAUCGAUCUUCGAGCCUCGCGAUCUACCCUCGUUGUAGUUGUAACUCAAAAGCUCGAAUAGGAGAUCGACUCGGGCUCGCGAGCUUCCCCUUUCUCUUUCGCUCUUCUCGGCUUAAAAGCGAAUUCGAUUUGAAUCACGUACCUUAUGUCUUUCACAAACAAAUAGUCGAAGUAUCCUCUUCUAUUUAUUAGCAAAUAUCGAAGAAAAGUUAGAGAAAAACAUUCUGGGUAUUUUUUUAAAUUGAAUUCACGCAUGUAAAACGUGAACGAUUCUAACUCAAUUUGCCAGAGGCCAAGCAGACUGAAAGAGGUUGACUAUCUGAUUUAAAUCUGGUAUGUUCGACGGAACGAGAUGCUCAUAACAUAACUAUAAUUGUCUGACACGUUUGCUGUUGAAGAGAUGAUGAUAAUCGCCACAUAUUUCUAGUCAUAUGUAUUCGACCGAAAUUCCGCAAAACUUGCAUUUUUCCGCGUAUGAACAAGCUUUACGAGUUCGCAAAUUGAAUUUUUGCGGAAUAAUGGAUACUAAUCCCUCUCUCAGGACGCAAUUGAUUCUAGACGCAUUUUAUUGCGAUUGUGUUUCCUGUGAUUUUAAGAUUAACACGCGUAGCAAAAAAGGAAAGAAUGAAGAUAGGUUUAAUCUGCUCAAGAUCAAACUUACA